AUGACUACGGAAGAAAUCCAAUUACUUAAUGAGUUGCCUUUAGAAAAACUUUUGAAGCUGAAGAAUUCACUGCAAGAUUUUGUUAGUACUGAAUACAAUAAUGUUACGGUAACAGAGCCUACCUUUGAACAUUUUGGCGCUCAAGCAAUGGCUUUAAAGGCGCCACCAAUCAAGAGGUUGGAUUAUGGAGGAGGACUUUAUAAAAAUGAAGGUAGCACCAAAUUGAGUAAUAUUUUCUCCAUGUCUGUAACGACACUGGCGUUUUUAGCUUUUGGCGGUUACUUACUUUGUCUUAUUGUGCAAGCGGUGAAAGCUAAGCAAGCAUACAAUGGGUCAACGGUUUCGCCAGUUUUGGUGAACGCAGGAAUUAAAAGACCUCAACAACAGUUUGCAUCAUACGGGAGAAGAAAAAGAGAUAAUAAAAGUGUAAAUGAAAUGGAUUUGCCUCCCGAGGAACUGUUCUCAGCUUUGUUACAGGUAUGCGAGGGUUACGCGCAGUGGAGUGAGAGGCAUAGCGAUGUGUAA